AUGCCUCGUAAGCCGCCGGUUUACUCUGCUUACUUCUACGAUCCUCUGACAGAAGACGUGGAGCAACUGCUGGCUCGUUUCCAGCACACUGACUCCGUCAGGUACGAGUUGUUCUCCGCCAUUUGGAGGGAGAUGGGCUUCUCGGAUGUCUUCAGAGGCAUCCCCAGUGUGGCUGAACUGAAGAGAUUCUGCAGAGUAGCGCUGGCCACAGCCGUCAAGUACUUCCUGCCUCCAUACAGCUACCAGAUUCGUGUGGGAGGCUUGUAUUUGAUGUUUGGUUUGUACCACACACAACUUGCCAUUCCACCGGUGAAUAUUAGGCUCGCUCUGAGGGACUGGGAUCCAAUCCAGAAGUUUCUCAAGGACUCAAUGAAUUUUGGGCAUCAAGAUGUUGUUUACAUAUACGAAAAGCUUGUUGCAGCCAAAGCCAUACACUACACGGCAAUGCCACACUUUCUCAGCUUCCAAAAGCAGAUGAAACCAAAGAGGGACGCCGUGUGUACAGAGUUUCUCGGGAGGAGCACAGCCGUCCAGGAGCUCUUCUCUGCCGACAUCCUGGAGGAGAUGUCCAACAUCCAGAGCCACUAUGAGCAGCUGAAGGAGGCCACGGUGGAGGUCAGCUGCCAGGCCACCAUGACCCAUCGGAACUUUUCCGCCCAACUGAAAGACAGCAUGUCAGAGUUCAUCACUUGGCAGAAGAAGACUUUCUCACAGGAGAACAAAGGCAAGAAGUCUGUUGUUGAUUGUGAUGAUGAUGAUGACGAUGACGAUGAUGAUGAGGUGGAGAAGAACGCUGAGGCUCAGAGCAGCAGCAGGGCCAGGCUCCUGUCCUCCAUCAAGCAGAAGAGCUACGGCAACUUCCAGGAGGCAUCCAAGUCCAGGAGGCAUCGACAGGCCGAGACAGUGGAGUCCUCCAGCUCGGGGGCAGAUCAGGUCCUGGAAACUGGGGCUCUGCAGCGAAAGAGGCCUCCCUCACUCCGGGCUCGGACCCAGAAGAGUCUCGGGGUGACGCGGGAUAACAGCAGGCUCCAGACCUGGCUCCUGACUGCUCCUAAGAAGCAGGAGAGGGUGCCGGUGAAGAGGACCAACCAGGCAGCACCUUUCAAACCAUGA